GUUGUGCGGAGGGGCGGCGUGAUCACGUAGGGCCAAUUUCAUGCUUUCAGUGAACAGAACGGGAGGAUGGGUUGAGAGAGGUGAUGAAUGGGAUGAUUGGAGAGAUCAGACGCUACACAGACGGCUGGAGAAAAAGGGAGGCGUUCGAUGGAGCAAAGACUGGCCGUGAUUUGACAUUUAAAAUCCCUGUCUGAUGAAUAAAAUCAACGAAUUGGCUAUUUUUCUUAUUUGAACUUAAUUCAGCAUAGCAUUUCAUAUUCGGCCUUAUUUGACCAGGCGUUGAAGAUGCCGGUAGCUGGUUUGGUCUGACUAGAGGAGACUAUGGAGCCAUGAGAAUGUACCAAGUCUUUCCGCGAAAACAGAUGGGAGAUGAAACCUAUUCGACAUAAAAAUUGAUAUUUUCCCCUGUAGCUAAAAUGAGUUUAUUAUUGCCGCAGAUUUAUGCAUUUUGAUAAACUGUAGUAGGAUAGCUGUUAGAGGAAUUUUGAUGGCACUUACGACGCCAGGGAUUGAGCAACGAGUAACAUUACAUUUUGGAACGUUGAACAGUCGGGCCUUUCAAAGUGAGAAGCAAGAAUGAAUGUUAAGCAUUUUUCUCGCCUGAGGAUAACUGCGGUGCACGCAGCUGGUCACAUUUUGAGAGCGGUAUCAUCUUUGGAGAGUAGCGAAAUGCAAGUCAACGGAGAGGACCGCCGUGCAGAGCUGUAAUAGUAAUACCCAAAUCCGUCUAGAACCAAGUGGAUAUUUCAAGCAUUUUUUUUCGCAGACGAGAAGAUGGUGUGCUGCCAAUAUCAAUGCAAGCGGUCCCUAUUUUUCCUGCCUUUUUAAGUGUAAAAGGAGCUCGCGCUACUUUGUAAUUUAGAAACGUUAGUCAUGUAUGUGCGCCUCGGUAGCCAACGUUAGCUUAGCUGCUAUAUCCUCCGUGCUUUAGCUUCCCAUUGAGCAUGAUUGAAGAGUGCGUUUAAUUUCGCCAACGUCAACACCGAUGGUUUCGGUCAUCAUGAAUCCACCGACACGUUUGUUUGGGGAACUUUGAACCAACACCCUAUAGCGUAGAACAGACUAGCAAGACAUGUCGGCGUGAAGGGAACCGCACUGACUAUCUAGAAUCUCCUGUCAAGCCACAGACGUCAACAGCGCUGUGAAGAGCUGCUUAUUGGAGAGGAAAAACACAUUACCUAGAUUGUUCACUCCGCCUUUGGAGCCCUGCGCCCACGGACUGAAUCCCUUCCCUUCGAUUUAACAACCAAGCAAAAUGGGAGAGCAGCCUAUCUUCAGUACGAGGGCCCAUGUCUUCCAGAUCGACCCCACCACCAAGAAGAACUGGGUUCCCACCAGUAAACACGCCGUCACAGUCUCCUACUUCUACGACAGCACGCGCAACGUCUACCGCAUCAUCAGCCUCGACGGCUCCAAGGCAAUCAUCAACAGCACCAACCCCAACAUGACCUUCACCAAGACCUCCCAGAAGUUUGGCCAGUGGGCCGACAGCCGAGCCAACAGCUACGGUCUGGGCUUCUCCUCAGAGAACAACCUGCUCAAGUUCGCAGAGAAGUUUGCUGAGUUUAAAGAGGCAGCUCGGUUAGCCAAGGAGAAAUCCCAGGAGAAGAUGGAACUCACCAGCACCCCUUCUCAGGAGUCAGCCACCGGCGACCUGCAGUCACCUUUGACCCCGGAGAGCAUCAACGGCACUGAUGACGAGAGGGGCACCACCCCCGAAACGCCGCAGUACCUCCCCGAGCCCCGUGCCGAGCCGUCUCAGAACCAACUGCCCUUCUCUCACAGUUCGUCCAGUAUAAACAAGCACUGGGAGGCGGAGCUGGCAGCCCUGAAGGGCAACAAUGCCAAGCUGACAGCAGCUCUGCUGGAGUCCACAGCCAAUGUCAAACAGUGGAAACAACAACUGGCUGCUUACCAGGAGGAGGCAGAGAGACUACAUACACGCGUGACAGAGCUGGAGUGUGUGAGUGGUCAGAUGACCGUCAUCAAAUCCCAGAAGACGGAGCUCAACCAGACCAUAGAAGAACUUGAGUCAGCAUUAAAGUCCAAGGAGGAGGAACUGGAGAGGCUGAAAGAGGAAGUAGAGAGUGCCAAUGAGUUCCAGACUCAAAAGGAAUCACUAACACAGAAACUACAGGAGACGGAGGAGAGGAACCAGACGUUGGAAGCUCAGCUGGUGGAGAUAGAGCAGCGUCUGGAGGGCAGUCAGCUGGAGAGAGAUGCCUUCAGGAAGAGUCUGCGCACCCUGCUGGAGCUGCUGGACGGGAAGAUCUUUGAGCUGACAGAGCUCAGAGACAGCCUGGCCAGACUCAUUGAGGGCAGCAGCAGCUAGAGGAGAGAAGUGCUACUACAGAGCCCCCUGGUGGAGCUUCAGUACUCCUACACCAUCACCACCAUUAUAACAACACAGUGACGGGAGAAUAUUGCUAGUCAGUGCACAAAGGCACUGCACGAAAAUAUUCACACUGUUGUUAUUACACAUAUAUACAUUAUGCUACACUCUACUGAAAACAUGCACAUUGAUAGUAAAUAGAUAGACUUGCUCGCUUGGAUUUAGUUUAGGCUAAUGUUCACAACGUGCAUACAUCUGUAUACUGUAUGCACAUACACUCACACUCACUUCACAGAGGUCCUGUUGAGGCUAUGCUUACACCCUGCUACCAUCUCUUCUCCCUCCCUGUGGAAUGUUAUUUACGCUCUGACUACAAACUGCUCAAAUAUCUACACUGCAUUUGGAAAGUAUUCAGACCCCUUGACUUUUUCCACAUUUUGUUGCAUUACAGCCUUAUUCUAAAAUGCAUUGUUUUUUCCCCCGUCAUCAAUCAACACGCAAUACCCCAUAAUGACAAAGCAAAAACAGGGUUUUAGAUUUUUUUGCAAAA